AUGUCUCUUCUUCUCAACCUUCCCCACAUCCUUAAAAAGAGACCUUCCGGCUCUUAUCGUCCUCCGACUGCAGAGUCGGGGGAUACGACAUCCCAAGUGGCACUCGUAUUCGUGAACGCCCGGGCUACCUACUUGUGGGAGGACGCCACUAGCUUCAAGGGGGCGGAAGUCGAAGCGCAGAGGCUGAUGCCAUUUGGAACGAUGCGGAGGUUGUGCCCCGGGGUGGGGCGGGCACUGGCGGCGAUGGUGCAAUGCUUUGAGUGGGAGAGAGUGGGUUUGGUGGAGGUGGAUUUGGGGGAAGGGGAUGGGCUACCUAUGCCUAAGUUGGUGCCUUUACGAGCUAUGUGUAGGCCAAUGGAGAUCAUGAACAAGUUUCUUGCUGUCAAUGGGAUAAAGAAAGAUAUAGGUGCAACUCAAACAUGA